AUGGCAGCAAAGCCCAGUAUCACCAUUGACCCUUCCCGCCCGCAGCCUCCGACGCGAGAUGGGCUAUCAUCGCCGACGACGGUAAAGGAACAUCUCCCACCGGCCAAGUCGAGCAAAGCACAUCCAAGGCAGGCGGCGCACGGCGACAACAAUGCCAAACUGUUCUUUGUGGGCACGGCGACCACGAUCCUCGAAUGGCAAGGGAUUCGCCUAAUGACGGACCCGAACUUCCUCCAUGCCGGGGAUCACGUCCAUCUGGGCCCCGGGGUGACAGGCACACGGCAAACCAACCCGGCAGUGGACUUACACGACCUCCCGCCGGUUGAUCUCGUCCUGCUGUCCCAUUACCAUGCGGACCACUUCGACCAGGAAGUCGAGGCGUCGCUGCGUCGGGACCUUCCCAUCAUCACCACGCCCCACGCGCACGCGCAUUUGACCUCCAAGGGCGAGGGCGAGUCGUUCACGGCGGUGCACGCCGUGGAUGCCUGGGAGCACAUGUUCGUCAACAUUGCUCAGAAUGUCACGACCUUGAGCGGUGGGAGUUCCGUUUCGACGAGCAGCCAUCGCCGCCCUCGCAUACACAUCACCGGCAUGCCUGGCAAACACGUCGGGGACGGUCUUCUGGCCAAAGCCAACGACAUCCUGGGCGCCGUGCCCCCGACCAACGGAUGGAUGCUGGAACUCGGGUACGACCUAUCCUCUCCUUCUCCCGACAAGGACUCGAACCAGCAAUCUUCCUUCCACUGCGGUUACCGCAUCUACAUCUCGGGAGACACGCUGUACGUCAAGGAUCUGGAGCGGAUUCCCGAACUGUACACCCACGCGGGCAAGCCGAUCGAUCUGAUGCUCAUCCAUCUCGGCGGCACCACCAUUCCAGGGCCCCAUAUGCCCUUGAUCAUGGUCACCAUGGACGCCAAACAGGGUGUCCAGCUGGUCAAGCUGGUAAGACCUGAUGUCACGGUGCCCAUACACUACGACGACUACGACGUCUUCCUCUCCCCGCUAGAAGACUUCAAGACCGAAAUGUCCCAGGCCGGCCUUGACGACAAGGUCGUCUACCUCGAUCGAGGCGACGAGUUCCAGUUCCACGUACGAGAUCCUUGA